UCUUCAGUCGUGCAGGUUGAGACUGUGAGAGCUAAAGAUGGCUUCUGAGGUGCUGCCGAUUAACAGCUGAAUAUGUGUUGUUAGAAGAAGCACCGGGUAGAGAGCUCUGAAUGCACUCAGGACAACGACGACGGCGACGAGAACUUUAACACACUUCCUGCCGAAGCAGAGCACGGCGUCGCUGCAGAGCUCAAACUUGCCAGGCCGAUGCCUUCGUAAAAUUUUGAUCGACGUGGAUUUGUUCGUUAUUCCUUUCACUCGUCUCCCUCUCUCCCCCCUCUCUCUCUCUCUCUCUGGCUCUCCCCCAGCGUCUCUUGCCUACAAUAGCAUAGUGGUGAGAUCCGCACAUUGCAGAAUUCCAUUGAUUGGGGAGAGAGAGCCAAAGAGAAAACGGGAUCAAAGUUCGCGGACAUGCUGCGGCAAUCAGGUUCGCAGUGAAAAGUCGGGGGAAAAAAAGUCUGGCCGUGUUCUGUGGACGGAAGAAUGAAGCACCCGGGAACUUUUUUCAGGUCUGGAAGAGUCGUACCCCUGUGAUUGUGUGCGCUCAUGUGGGGUUCAGGGAGGGUUGGUUGCAAGACAAGACCAAUCAUUUGUCUUGAUUCUCUGGGCUGAGAGCAGGCAAACUGAGGGGGACGGGACGAGCAAAACCCUCUAUCAAGACCUGAUCUAUUUCCCCAAACAAUUUAGUGUAUUCAUGAGGUUACGCAAAUGUGGAGGCAGCAAAACUACCGUAAUCAAUUGAAACAGCGAGUGCGCACCCAUGCCUCUGAUUAUUUGGAGAUCAUCUAUCAGCCUGGUGUCUAUGUGACGAGGAAAGGGGGGCUCUGAAUUACUGUUGAGUUUCAUUGAGAAGUCCAUGAUCAUUGGGCAGCGGAGUUUGGUCAGUCAUAAUAGGGCUCCUUGGUCGAGCGAGGGAACUAUUUGAGCAAACAUUAGAUAGCUGACUCUGCCCUGCUGAAAGGUGCUGUUUUGAUACUAAAACCCACACUGUCCAGACCAUCUGGUGUGCCGUGUUCUGCGUAAUCUCCUUUUUGUCAUCUGACAAAGGAAAAAAGAGGCGGACAAGCUCCGAGAGGAUAAACUGAGCAUGGAGGUCAGGUACAACCAAGAGACGGAUGCGAUGGGGCUAAAGAAUGGACUAAAGAAGGGGAAAGAUGACAAGGAGUCCCAGGGCAACUUGUCCAAAAGCUUCCUCAAGGAGCAGCAGGACUCCUUCUCCCCCUCUGGGACCGUGGACAACUGCGAGAAAAACAGGGGGAGCACGGGGGACCCGGACUACUGUCGGAGAAUACUGGUCCGAGAUGCUAAAGGCUCCAUCCGAGAGAUUAUCCUGCCCAAGGGUUUGGACCUGGACCGGCCCAAGCGAACCCGCACCUCCUUCACUGCAGAGCAGCUGUACCGGCUGGAGAUGGAGUUCCAGAGGUGUCAGUACGUGGUGGGGAGGGAGCGCACAGAACUGGCCCGUCAGCUCAACCUGUCUGAAACUCAGGUGAAGGUGUGGUUCCAGAACCGGCGCACUAAGCAGAAGAAGGACCAGGGGAAGGACUCUGAGCUGCGUUCUGUGGUUUCAGAAACAGCGGCGACCUGCAGCGUCCUCAGACUCCUGGAGCAGGGUCGCCUGCUGACUCCUCCGGGCCUGCCGGGCCUGCUGCCACACUGCGGCGGUGGCACGCUGGGCUCGGCCCUGCGCCCUCCCUCCAUGGCCAUGGCCAGCAACGGCAGCAGUAGCAGCAGCAGCAGCGGGGGCAGCACCGGCACAGCGGGUGGCAGCCCUCCCCUGCCCGCCGUCACCAGCUCAGGGACGGUGCCGGGCCUGCAGGGCUCGCCGGCGGCUCACGGUCUCUUUAGUUUCCCCAUGCCCUCCUUACUCAGCGGCGUGGCCACCCGCAUGUCCUCAAACCCGCUCUCCAUGGCCGGCUCCCUAGCUGGGAACCUGCAGGAACUCUCCGCCCGCUACCUGAGCUCCUCUGCUUUUGAGCCUUACUCGCGGACCAAUGGCAAAGAAUCCAUGGACAAGAAAAUCCUGGAAUGAUGCCUUUCUUCUUUUUCAUAAACGGAAAAACUGUUUCUUCAAGAAAUAUUUUGUUUCACUUCUUGGCUUUUCUGUCUUUGUUCUGUUUUGCCUGUUCUUCUCUGUCAUCAUGUCUGUGUCAUGUUCUGUAGCAGUUCAUGUAUUCUGGUUGCACAUCUGGCGCCUUGUACAAGGAAGAAAACAAAGACCUACAAAAGCUCAUCUAACAAAGACAGGGGUGUGUGUGUGUGUGUGUGUGUGUGAGCGUGUGUGUGUGUGUGGCUGCGUGAGUGUUGUGGGGGUUGGAGAGAUUUUGCACAAAAUGUUCAUAUAGGAUUUUGUUACAGAGAGACACUCUGAGGAGACUAUCUUUCAGGUUUCUAAUGUGUAGUGAUGACUCCAAAUCCUAAACACAGAGGGGCGCAGAGAACCGGCCGCCUCAGACCACAAAGGCUCUACUGAUGCAUUUAAAGGUGCAUUAAGAAAAACAGGAAGUGCAGGUUUGAAGACAGCGUGAGGUGACGGUACCUUCAUGAGUUGUGUUAAAUCAUUUGAUUGUUUGUGCGAUGACUGUCACUGCAGUGAGUAGAUUUAGAGAACAUGUUGUCAGACACCUGAGAUCCAAUCAGCUGAUCCCCCCAGACAUUAAAGCAGCAUUAUGAAUGAGAGGCGAGCUUGAUAUCUAAAGGUAGUGAGGAUGAGGGAAGGCGCCUCUGUUUGAAGGUCACUGUGAGGCCAGGUGUGAACGCAGCUUCCUGUGCAGACUCACAGAAGCUCUGUUUGCCCCGCAUCUGGACCAGAACCUGAUCCAGGUGUCCCACAGUACGAUGGCUUAACUGUUCAGUGUUGUUCUUUACGUUUCAGUGGGAAUAUUUAACAUUUUACAACAUUUUUCACUUGCUGUCCUCAGAACACGGAGUCCGACACGUUUUUGUCUGUGAUUUUAAAAUCACUGUGAGUUCUCAGAGUGUCAGUGAACACUUUCUAUUCCAUGCCGGAGCUAAAGCACAGGACUUAAUCUAAGGAAGGGUGGGGGUGUGUAAGAAAAGCUUUUCAGCUUUACUAAACUGUUUCUUUGUUGGACACUACAAGGUAACAGAUUUUUAGUUAUCAAGGCGAUAUAAUGAUUUCCCUCCUGUGUGACAUUUUCAGAAAUCCAAGACCUUCACAAAAGAUUUUAGGCAGACUGACGCAUGUGGAGGCUGAAUGGAAUUAUUGUAGUAUAAAAGAACUGGAAUUGAAAAAUGUACCUUAAAUUGUUAUUUUAUUGUAAAUUAUUCACUUAUGUAAUUAAUAGAUUAUUAGUAUAUCUGAAGCAUAAUGAAUGGAUGAAUGUAUUAGCGGGUUGGGGAGUCAAUCAAAAGCUCUUUGGUGCUGUUGUUGUGAAAUAUCUUGAAACUUGUGAAACGUGCGGUACAAAUGUGGAUAUAUAUUAUGUAUAUGGCUCCAGACAAAGACAAGUGUGUUUUUCAUUUCCUUUCAUACAUGUUGCUAUGAAACAAGUUGUGAUAAAUUCAUGACUGUUAUACCUC